GUAAGGAAUCGAAAUCUGUGAAUCUGACGCAUUAUGGGGAAGAUAAUAACUACCUCAAAACCUCUCAUUCUCCAUUCAAAGUUCCUCUGUUUCUCUCUGUUCUAUCUCUUCUCUUCCCUCUCUCUUGCUCUCUACACCUUUCUCUCUCAAUCCAAAUGCCUCCUCCGAUCAUCCCCCUUCGAUCCUAUCCAUUCCUCUCUCUUUUCCUACAAUUCCUCUUAUCAUCCCCACAAGUAUGCCGCUUCAACCACUCGCUCCACCUGCUCUUCCCCUGUUUUCUUCUCAGAUUACUGGGAUGCUUUGAAGGAUGUCCAGAAUUUCCGCGAUCAGUCUUCAUCUUCCCCGCGUGUUCUUAAGUAUAUGCAGGGGAAUUCUGACAGUUUCGGUGGGAAUUUCAGUGCCAAGAGAAGGUUUUCUUAUUUCGAUCAUCAAAAUGAUGACCGGAAAAUUCCUUGUGGAUUCCUCAAGAAAUUUCCAAUCCUAGAUUCUGAUCAAAUGGCGAUGGAGAAAUGUGAUGGUCUGGUGGUAGUUUCAGCCCUCUUCAACGACCACGACAAGGUGAGACAACCAAGAGGCUUAGGAUCCAAAACAUUAGACUAUGUAUGUUUCUUCAUGUUCAUAGACGACAUCACCCUCAAAGGGCUUCAAUACCACGGAAUAGUUUCAUCAGAAUCAACAGAAUACAAGGUAGGAGCAUGGAGGCUUGUGAAGGUUUCAAGGGAGGAUUUGUAUGAGAACCCAGCAAUGAAUGGAGUGAUACCCAAAUAUUUAGUUCACAGGCUGUUCCCAAACUCCAAGUUCAGCAUAUGGGUCGAUGCGAAGCUGCAAUUAGUGGUGGAUCCAUUGUUGCUGAUACACUCACUGGUGAUAUCUGAGAAUGUGGACAUAGCCAUAUCAAAACACCCUUAUUAUGUUCAUACAAUGGAGGAAGCCAUGGCCACCGCGAGGUGGAAGAAAUGGUGGGAUGUUAACGCCUUGAAGUUGCAGAUGGAGACCUAUUGUGACUAUGGCCUCCAACCUUGGAGCCCCUCCAAGCUGCCCUAUGCCUCAGAUGUACCGGACAGUGCUCUGAUACUUAGGAAGCAUGGACUGAGAAGCAACCUGUGGUCGUGUCUGAUUUUCAACGAGUUGGAAGGAUUCAACCCGAGAGACCAACUGGCAUUUGCGUUUGUGAGAGAUCACAUGAGACCAAAGCUGAGGCUCAACAUGUUUGAGGCUGAAGUCUUCGAACAAGUGGUGGUCGAGUUUCGACACAAUCUCAGGCACGCCCAUCAAGUGUCGAACAGGAAGGCUGCCACCCGAACCAGAAGAGUAGGAUCUGAUUUGCCGUACGUGAAUGGCAGCAAGUGUCACAAGUAUCUUUCUGUUAUGUGGGACGAUGAUGAUCAGUGAUCUGAUCACUACUUUCUUUGUCACCCAUCACUGCUUUCUUGCUCACAAGCCAAGAAUUCGCAAUUUAUUAGUGUAUAUUAUAUUCAAGAAGAGGAUGAAACGUGGAGCUGUAAAGAAACAGGAUCUUAUGGUUGAUUAGAGUAUUCUAAACUCAUCAUAUCUGAAUCGUUUGUAUCUUAUUUGAAUAA